AUGGCUCUGUGUGAAAGAAUAAAGCACGAUAAGUUGUCAAAGGCCAGAUUGGACACCAUUAGAACACUUAUUGCGCUUGCUGCUCAAAAGGAUUGGAAACUGUACCAGCUUGAUGUGAAAUCUGCCUUCCUUAAUGGUGUGCUACAAGAGGAAGUCUAUAUCAAUCAACCUGAAGCAAGCACCAAGGGUUGGUAUGGAGAGAUAGACAGCUAUUUCACUCAAUGUGGUUUUAAGAAAAGCCUAAGUGAAGCAACUUUAUACACCAAAGAAAGGGGAGAUAAGGAUAUCCUAAUUGUCUCUAUUUAUGUAGAUGACAUUGUCUACACAGGGAGCAAUAAGGAGUUACUAGAUGAGUUUAAGGAAGAUAUGAUGACUAAAUAUGAGAUGACAGAUUUAGGUCUCUUGCAUCACUUUCUUGGCAUGGGGGUGAUUCAAACCAAGUCUAGUAUAUUUCUACAUCAAAAGAAGUAUGCUAGCACCUUGUUGAACAAAUUUGGCUUGAUUGAAUGCAAAUCUAUAACCACACCUCUUGUUGCCACUGAGAAACUAGCUAAGGAUGAUGGGAGUGGAGCUGCAAAUGAAGAACACUACAGAAGCAUUGUUGGUAGUCUGCUGUACUUAACUGCUACAAGACCCGACAUCAUGUAUGCUUCAAGUCUGCUAGCCAGAUUCAUGCACUGUCCUACAAACAGGCAUUAUGGAACAACUAAACGUGUUUUGAGAUAUGUCAAGGGAACUCUAGACUACGGCUUAGAGUAUGUGAAAGGCAGGAAAUCAGUUCUGAUCGGCUACUGUGACAGUGAUUGGGGAGGAUCAAUUGGUGAUAGCAAAAGCACAUCGGGAACUGUAGCAUUGUCCACUGCAGAAGCUGAGUACAUCAGUGCAGCUGAAGCAACUACACAGGCUAUUUGGUUGCGUUUUGUGCUAGAGGACUUUGGAGAGCUACAAACUGAAGCUACUUCAUUGCAUUGUGACAAUAUCUCAGCAAUUGCAAUCACUAAAAACCCUGUGUUCCACCAGAAGACUAAGCACAUUGAUAGAAGAUACCAUUUUAUCAAGGAUGCUUUGCAAGAAGGAGUCAUUGAUCUGGAAUACUGUCCUACCAAUGAACAACUAGCUGACAUUUUCACCAAACCAUUGGCCAAAGAUCGGUUCAAUUAUCUUAGAGGCAUGCUUGGAGUGAAAUCAGCUCAAGACUUAAAGGGGAGUGUUGAAUUAUAA